AUCAAUGGCCGAGUGUCCGUUCUCGCCGUCACACGUGAGAGUCAACUAGUGAGUAGGAGUUAACGUAACAUGCAGUGGCGAGUGCAGUGAUUCCUGUUGUUGUUAUUGUUGUUGUUGUUGUUGCCUCCGUUGUCGUUCAUCUUUCGGUACUCUCGAGUGUUAUCCUGCGGCUUCGCGCUGGAUCAUCCGGGAGGAUUCGCGUCCUCGCCGUGGGCGGCCGUGCUCGGUCACCACCACUCGGCGGCAGCCGCAGCGGCGGCCGCCGCCGCCGGCUCCAUGAUGCAGACCACCGACCACCAUGGAUAUGGGACCGCUCACCACGGCGCUGCCCCCAUGGAUCUGCACAUGCCGCAGGCCUUCCCCUAUUAUCGGUAUCGUGAAGAUGCUCUCUGCUGGACGGAUAGGAAACCCUCCGUCGACGACGUCGGGAAUCCAUCCUCAGUCAACGCACGCAGCUACCAACCGAAUUCCUCUGACUGGUUGGCGGUCGACUCCUCCGGAAUUCCCAAUAUCCUGGAGCUGAGGAAGGAGAAGAGCCGUGACUCGGCGAGGAUACGCCGCGGCAAGGAGAACUUCGAGUUCUACGAGUUGGCCAAGAUGUUACCGCUGCCGUCCGCCAUCACUUCCCAAUUGGACAAAGCCAGUAUUAUUCGAUUAACUAUAUCGUACCUGAAAUUGCGCGACUUCUCGGGACACGGGGAUCCACCAUGGAGCCGCGACGGACCUACGCCCAACAAGACGCUCAAAACAAACCGGACCCGAACGACAGGUGGACUCGUCAUGGAUAUAUUCGAGCAACAUCAGGGUACCCACAUAUUGCAGUCUCUGGAUGGAUUUGCCUUAGCUCUGGCCGCCGACGGAAGGUUCCUCUACAUUUCGGAGACGGUGUCCAUUUACUUGGGUCUAUCUCAGGUCGAGAUGACGGGAAGCAGCAUCUUCGAUUACGUCCACCAUUCCGACCAUUCGGAGAUGGCAGAGCAGUUAGGUCUUGGUCUGGCUCAGGGUCAGAGCAUGGCCUCCCCGGGGAGCGGUUCCGAAGAGGGUGCCUCCAACGCCGGCACCAACAAUCCAGAUGUGUCCACGAUAAUGUCCCUGGGAAACAAUCCGGCAUUCAAGGGUCUGGAUCGGGCUUUCUGCGUCCGCAUGAAGUCCACUCUGACGAAAAGGGGAUGCCACUUCAAAUCGUCCGGCUACAGGGUCGUGCUGAUGCUGUGCCGCCUGAGACCGCAGUACACCUUUUCGCAUACCCGUAAAUCGCAGCCUCCGCUGCUCGGAAUGGUCGCCCUAGCUAUCGCAUUACCUCCACCCAGUGUUCACGAGAUCCGCCUGGAAUCCGACAUGUUCGUCACGAGGAUCAACUUCGAUUUCAGAAUAGCUCACUGCGAACCGAAAGUCUCCGACUUAUUGGAUUACACCGCCGAUGAGUUGACGGGUAGGAACCUGUACACCCUCUGCCACGGCGAGGAUGCCAACAAAUUGAGAAAAUGCCAUGUCGACUUAAUUAAUAAAGGUCAAGUCCUCACCCAUUACUAUCGUCUGAUGAACAAAAACGGCGGAUACACCUGGAUCCAAACUUGCGCGACUGUCGUCUGCAACUCCAAGAAUGCUGAUGAGCAGAACAUCAUCUGCGUCAACUACGUGAUAAGUGGUCGCGAGUACGAGAAUUUGAUCAUGGACUGCUGCCAAAUGGAAGACAAUGCGCAUACGGUGAAGAGGGAAGAAGCAAGCAACAAUGACCCGGAGAACGGAUCACCUGAUGCGGAUAGAGGAGAUGGCCGCAACAGUGGAGGGCCGUCCAAUCCACCGCCAGAGCCACCUCAGAAUCUGGAGGAUAACAACACCGAGGAUCCAGGCGAAUCGAGGAGCCACCGCGUUGAGCACGUCACCCAGCUACAGACACCCACCGAUGGACUUCAGAGGAAAACUGUAAACGUACGGAGAGGAACGAAACGGAGGAGCACGCAAGAAACAUCCGGGUCAUCGGACGAAGAUGAAGAACAACAGCCGGCGCCACCCAACAGAAACAUCGUCCUCAGCCCGGAAUCAUCCUCAUGCCAUUCAACAGGCGUCGUGCACACAGUGCCCGCAGACACAAGUGGCACAAGCCCAAAAGUACAACCUGAAGAAUCUAGCGGCACCUCCGUCAAAGAUCUGGAGAACGCGAUGUCGAAGCACCUUCCAGCCUGCAAAUCGCCAGCACAUCAACCCACCGACUUCAGCACAGACGCUCUGUUGAAGCAACAGCAGAGGACCACUAUCCAAUGGAUUGGGGCUCAUCACCAGCAGCUGCAGCAGCAAGGACCGCUACCGGCAUCGGCGCUGCUUAGGCAGUUAUACGCAAAUCGUGAGAGCGUGAUUCGCGCCAAUGUUCAUGGCAUCACCAGCGCAGGAGGACGUUCCGGAAACUCCACUUCAUAUUAUCCAGGAGAUGGUCAGGUGGGGCCGCUACCCACGCCACCCGGCAGCGAAGGCUCUUCCUCCUACAGUGAACAUCAGUUCCUGCUGUCGCAACACCAGAACUACUCCACGGGCUACUCCAUGGACUACCACUCUGCCAUGACGCCUCCGUCCAGCGUGUCGCCCAGAGACAAGCACCAGCAGCUUCAUGGUGGCGUAGCUUUCGAGACGCCCGUCUACCAGGAUGUUCUUCGACACCAGUACCCUGACAGUCCACUGCCGCUGAAGCCCCAAGUGUACUCCUACGUGGAGCAACCCCAGUUUUACCACCAUGGCGCCGCAGGCGCCGGCUUCCACUUGUAUCAUCCCGGAAAAACCGCUCCCACUGCACCCGCAAACUGGUACUCACCAUCAUAGUGCACUGAUGACACAAUUUAAGUGCUGUACAUAUAAAACAUAAUUUAUCAUAGUGAAUUCAAACUGCUAAUGAUUGUGUGCACUGAACUCGUUCCUUAAUAUAUACAUACAUAUAUAUAUAUAAAUAUUAUAUUAAUUUCAUCGUUGUCUUUGAUAGAAAUUCUUGUUUUUAUUAGCCAAAAUAGAUUUUAUCAUUUUCUCAAAUAAGAGUAAAACCGAUGGAGGAAGAGGCAGUCGUGAGAACCAGAGAGAAGGAAGAAAAAAAAUAUAAAUAAAAGAACGAAGAGCAGAAGAAGAUAUUAAUAAUAUUAUUGAAAGCAUAUGUAAAAGGAAAUUAUUACUGGAAAUAUUUUGAGGCUAACAUAUUAAACCAAAGAAAAUAGUUUUUUUUUUUAAAUAAUAUUAUAUAUAUAAAAUAAUAUCGCGAAGUAAUUAUUAUUAUUAUUAUUUUUUAUAUAUAUACAUAUACAUGAAUAUUUCGCGCAAAAUAACAACUUAUUGUUUUCUAACUGGACGCAAUCGACAUGGCAGCACCGAAGUUGCGAGGCCAUCGUCGGUUUAGAAGCAGAAGAUUAGAAGGGAAGAUCGAUGAAGAGAAGAUACACAAAGAGAGAGAGAUUGAUUGAUAUACAGAGGGGGUAAAUUGAGAGAGGAGUUAUAUUAUUAU